AUGUCUCCGGGUUUCUCUGCCGAUUUGAGCCCCGUAGAACUCAUUGAGGAAUACAGUCGAAUGCUCCCAAGUGCUACAACAACACUCAGCCAUGAUUACGACUAUCCCCCUCCCCCAGGCUCUAAGCAACGGGACUGGAAGUCUUACCCUUUGAGAUCUGCCUACAUAACAUCUCUUCUUGUUCUUGAAAUCGCAACCGUUCUGACGUUAUCGAUCCUCCUCGCCAUUUCAGAGAGCCGUAAUGGCCUACUGUCCGUUCAACACUUACUGGGCCCAGACAAGAGCCCCGGCGGGAUGCUGCAGAACCUUUGGAGUGCAGCAUAUCUGUGGACUACCUUGCCCAAUGCCUUUUUCACGCUGUCCCGGGACCUCUGGGCCUCGGUGGUAGAUGCAGCGUCCAAGCAACAACCGUAUGUUGAGUUACGCAAGGGAAACAAGAACCAAAUAUUAUUAUCUACGGAACGAGUUUUCGAGGCCAUUUAUGCUGUAGCGAACGACGGAUUGCGGUUCCCUCGCUCGGUGGUGGACAACGAUGAGCCGCCCUCGAUCCCAGGAAUCCUCUCUACCCUAGAUACGCGACUGUUCGUGGUCCCUGAGACGGCGUACUACAUCAUUGUGAUAUUGUUCUUCACUGCCGUAUGCAACGUUAUGUUGCAUUAUUAUCACCGGCGUCACCGGUCGGUACUAUGGGAAGAGCCCGUCGGGCUGCUGAGAGCCGCGGAGUUGCUCUACGGGGGAAAUACGAGCAGAUUCAUUGCCCGGGUCAGGGCGCACCAUCCGGCUGCCACCCGGAUCGUGAAGCUCGCCCUCAAUGACCCCGCCUAUGCCUUGUACACGGCUGCAGUGGAUGAGAGGGGGAAGCUGAUGGUUUCUGCGUCUGGUCGAGAUCUGGAUGAUAUGAUGUGGAAUUAUAAGCCUGCUUCGGGAUACUCUGUGUGA